AUGUGUGGGAAGGAGAGAGGAAAAUGUCAAACCCAGCUCCCAGCAGCGAUCAUUCCUCGGGUCAAGCGGGGAGACGAUGUUUCCAGAUCUGUCGGUACAGGACACGGGGUCUGGGAUAUGGCCUUUGCCAGGGUGAGUUUCAAACAUCCCCAUGUGGGUACAGGGCGGACCGGAUUUGGACGCCAGGAGUGGCAAACGGGGCGUGAACCAUCGCCUGCAGGAGUCGAGUUGCUGCAACGGUGCAACCCCAUGACUGCUUCGCCCAUUCCCUCGUCUGUUUUGGCAUUGACGGUCGAUGCUCAGGCCGCGAUAGCUGGCAAGACUCUCUGGGUAUCGCUCUUGGCGGGGAGGGGCCUCAAACGGAGCAUGUCUCCGCACUCAUGGCGGCAUGGUACUUGGCUGUUUCUGGACGAGCAACGGUCUGGUGACGUCGUCCUGGAUGAAGUCGGUGAGACCACAUUGUCUGAUCGUCUGCAUGAAGGUUGA